AUGUAUGGUACGAGAAGGAAGCGACUGCAGCUGAGUAGGGUUUUGUUCUUUCUCUCUGGAGUUUUUCUCUGUACCCUGUACCAGCUGACCAUCAGUGCUAGACUGCAAGAGCCUUUUCUCUUGCCUCAGGUGGGAGAGGAUUUUGAAGAAGGUUCAACAGAGGACGCCGAGGAGACUACAGCAGCAACUCCAGAGCCAAAGGAGGGUCUCAUGACAACAUAUGGAUUAGAGAACACAGGUCAAACUACACCAGAGAUGCAUGUGGUACAUUCUGUGGGUACCACUUCAGAUUUUCAAGCAUCCACCACCACUGAUUCUCCAACAUCCACAAUUACAAACCGGACUUAUGUUCAUUGCAUCUUUGUGGCUCCUGAGAUUGCACAGGAAACACCCAUACCAGAUCCAGGCCCUCCUGCAACCGCUGUCCCUCCUGCUCCUGGUGGAGCCCCGCAUAUGAAGGGCGAGUACCCUGAAGAUAUCUUUUCUGUGGAAGACCGCAGGCGAGGCUGGGUGAUCCUCCACAUCAUCGGGAUGACAUACAUGUUUAUUUCUCUUGCGAUCGUGUGUGAUGAGUUUUUUGUACCUGCUCUGGGAGUAAUCACAGACAAGUUAGCCAUCUCUGAUGAUGUGGCAGGAGCCACCUUCAUGGCUGCUGGAGGCUCUGCUCCUGAGCUUUUCACCUCCUUGAUUGGAGUCUUUAUCGCCCACAGUAACGUGGGUAUCGGCACCAUUGUUGGCUCAGCAGUUUUUAACAUUUUGUUUGUGAUUGGCAUGUGUGCUUUAUUCUCAAGGGAGGUGCUUCAUCUCACCUGGUGGCCGCUUUUCAGAGACGUAUCCUUCUACAUAUUUGACCUCAUCUUACUCAUCAUGUUCUUCUUGGAUAAUGUCAUCAUGUGGUGGGAGAGCAUGAUGCUGGUGACCAGUUAUACUCUCUAUGUGGUUUUCAUGAAGUUUAAUGUGCAAAUAGAGCGAGCCUUCAAGACACAACUUCACAAACACAAAAGCAUCGUCAAAAUUAUCGCAGUGGAGGACUCUGAAAAGACAGAUGAGGAUGCUGAAGAUAAUGCCCCUCCUUCUCCAGAGGACAAGAAUCGGUUGAAGGUGAAGCCUUCCCUGCAGCGAGGGGGAAGUUCAGCUUCUUUACACAACAGCACCAUGAGAAACACCAUCUUCCAGCUCAUGAUCCACACGUUAGACCCUUUAGGAGAGGGAAAAUUUAAGGAUAAGGCUGAGAGUCUGAGUAAUGUGGCUAGACGGACAGCAGGGAGAAAAACUCAGGACAAAAGUCAAGAUGCUGGGGGAGGAACUGAGCCGACCAAAGAGCCAGAUAGUGCCCCAGCUGCAGGAAAAGAGAAGCAGGAGCAGCCAGAGGACAAGAAGGAGGAUGAGCCAGGAGGAGGUAGUGAGGAUGGCAGAGAAGAUUCAGAUGACUCUGACAGUGAGGAUGGUGACGAUGAUGAUGACAGUGAUGACGACAGCGAUGAGUCCAGUGAAAGUGAAGAUGAGGAGGAGAAAGAAGAAGAACCUCUGUCUUUAGACUGGCCUGAAACACCGAUUAAACAGGCCACCUACCUCCUCCUGCUACCCAUAAUCUUCCCUCUCUGGCUCACAGUUCCAGAUGUCCGCAACCAGAAAUCCAGAAAGUUCUUUGUGUUUACCUUUCUGGGCUCCAUUUUUUGGAUUGCAGUCUUCUCCUACCUCAUGGUGUGGUGGGCCCAUCAGGUUGGUGAGACUAUUGGCAUCUCAGAGGAGAUUAUGGGUCUGACAAUCCUGGCUGCAGGGACGUCUAUCCCUGACCUCAUCACCAGUGUGAUUGUGGCACGUAAAGGCCUCGGGGACAUGGCUGUGUCCAGCUCUGUGGGCAGUAACAUCUUCGACAUCACUGUGGGUCUUCCGGUCCCAUGGCUCCUGUACUCAUCUUUUCAUGGUUUUGCUCCAGUGGCUGUCAGCAGCAAUGGACUCUUCUGUGCUAUUGUGCUUCUCUUCAUCAUGCUCCUCUUUGUCAUCAUCUCCAUUGCAUCCUGCAAGUGGAGUAUGAAUAAGGCUCUGGGUUUCACCAUGUUCCUGCUCUACUUUAUCUUCCUGGUGCUCAGUGUGAUGCUGGAGGAUCGCAUCAUUAUCUGCCCUGUGUCCAUCUGA